UAGUAGUUAAUCAAAGUAAAACUUGCCACAAGAAAAUAUUUUUUUAAUGGCAAAUUGCCAUGUUGCCAUUUUAGCGUGUUUGACAGAUUUGACAUUGACAAUUAAAAGUGAGGUUAUGAAAUUUGAGUUAUGUUUAUGUAGCGAUCUUGUCCCACUUGUCCACAAAAAUAAAUGGUAUUAAAUUAAAAUAACAUGAUCGGUACUUAUUAUUUUGUGAUUGUAGGGCACAAUGAUAAACCGCUUUUUGAAAUGGAAUUUACAAACAGCAAAGAUUCUAAGAAGGAAGACCACAGACAUUUAAACCAAUUUAUAGCACAUUCAGCUUUAGAUUUAAUUGAUGAACAUCAAUGGAAAUCCCAUGCAAUGAAUUUAAAAUCUGUAGAUAAAUUUAACCAAUGGUUUGUCUCAGCAUUUGUGACGGCUAGUCUCAUAAGAUUCGUUAUUGUUCAUGACAAUCGUAAUGAUGAUGGCAUUAAGAACUUCUUUUCUGAAAUAUAUGAGGCAUAUAUUAAACAUUCCAUGAACCCAUUUUAUGAAGAAGACACACCUAUUAAAUCACCUGCAUUUGAGAAGAAAGUACAGAUACAUGGAAAAAAAUAUCUGUCUAAUUAAUUUAUGUUAUCUUUUUUUGUACAUAUUAUUAGAGUAAAUUAAAUUUAUGUAUAAGUUAA